AUGAGUUCAGAAAACGAAAACAUUCAGGUUGUUGUGCGGUGCAGAGGUAGAAACGCCAAAGAAACCAGUAUUAAAAGCACAGUCGUGGUAAACGUGGAAGAUGAAGAAGGUUAUGAAGUUGCUUUGAAUCCUUCAAAUGAUACAGGUGUCAGUGCUCAAUUGAACUCCAAAACUUAUGCAUUUGAUAAGGUGUUUGGUCCAAUGUCAGACCAACAAGUAAUAUUUGAUAAGGUUGCAACUCCAAUGUUCAAUGAAUUUUUAAAAGGGUACAAUUGUACUAUGCUUGUAUAUGGUAUGACCUCUACAGGGAAAACUUAUACUAUGUCUGGUGAUGACAAACUAGUUGACGGUGAAUUAAGUGACAAAGCUGGUGUGAUACCUAGAAUUUUGUUCAAAUUGUUUGGAGUGCUGAAUGAAUCCAAAGAACAACUAAAUGAAGAUUACAUUGUGAAAUGUUCGUUUAUUGAAAUAUAUAACGAAGAAUUGAAAGAUCUUCUCACUGAUGAAACCAACAAAAAGUUAAGAAUAUUUGACCAAAAAGCUGUUCCUGGAAAUGCAAGCCCCAUACCUGGUCAAUCAAAUAACAAAUCAACUAUACAUAUUCAAAACUUAGAAGAAGUGAUAUUGAGAAAUGCUAAUCAUGGUAUUAAGACGUUACAAAAGGGGUUGAAGAUAAGGCAAGUUGCGGCUACAAAGAUGAAUGAUGUUUCAAGUAGAUCGCAUACAAUUUUCACAUUGAGUUUAUUCAAAAAGAUCGGUGAAUCUGGCGACCUUUUCAGAAUAUCUAAAAUGAACCUAGUGGAUCUUGCUGGAUCAGAAAACAUUAGCAGAUCAGGUGCUUUGAACCAACGAGCUAAAGAAGCGGGCUCUAUUAAUCAAAGUUUGUUAACACUAGGGAGAGUCAUCAACCUGCUAGUGGAAAAAAAUCAACAACAUAUUCCAUACAGAGAAUCAAAAUUAACUAGACUGCUUCAGGAUUCAUUAGGUGGUCGUACUAAAACCUGUUUAAUUGCCACCAUUUCACCAGCAAAGAUCAAUUAUGAUGAAACGUUGAGUACACUUGAGUAUGCCAACAAAGCAAAGAGCAUCGAAAAUAAGCCUCAAUUAGGAUCUUCCAUAGGAAGAGAGAUAUUGGUGAAGGAAUUGAGCAUAGAGCUAUCGAAGGUGAAGUCAGAUUUAACUUCCACGAGGUUGAAAGAUGGUAUUUAUAUGAACAAUGAUAACUAUGAGGAAUUUAUGAAUGAUAUUCAAGAAUAUAAAACUGAGAUCAAUGAAACCAAAAGAACUUCGGAACUCCUCAGGAAGCAAAAUGAAUCACUAAAGAAGAAGACACAACUAUUGGAAUUUCAAAAUAAUGAGUAUAUGACAAUGAUAAACACUUUGAAUGCUACAGUUGAAAGCUUACACAAUAAAAUUGAUAAACAGAAGCAGAAUGAGGAAAACUUGAUGAUGUCGUCAUCCAAAUUCAAACAUAUAAUUAACAGUAUCAACUCGAACUUGAUGAUUUUCAAAAAAUAUGAAGGUGAUGCCAAAUCAGAAAUCAAUACAAUCAAUGAAGUCUAUAUACAGAAGAUUGUUGAGAAGAUUAAAAAUACUAUCGAGGAAAACUCCAAAAGUCCUAACAUUGAUUCAAUCAUUCCAAAUAUCCAACAUGAAUUCCAUCAGAUGAUAAUAGAUUUACAAAGAGCAACAUAUGAUGCGUGUAAGAAUGUUAGUGAAUCAAUUUUAUCCAAAUUCCCUGAUUUAUUUGAUGAUUUUGAAGGCAAUAUUGAAGAACUACGAUCCUUGAUAAAAAUAUUUGAGGUCAAUGUGAGUGAAGAAUUCUCAAAGUUAUCCAAGCAAAAUAACGAUUUGAAAUCAACACUUAAUGAAAGUUUAUUUAACAACCACGAUGAAUUUCUAAACUCUGUUGUCAACAAAGCUAGUGCACAGAUUGAAGAUGACUCGAAUGACUUGUUGAACAAGUUCGUUGAGUUGAUAAGAGAAAACAAUUUUAAACAGCAAAAGGCAUUGGUUGAUAAUAUUCGUUCAUCUGCUAAACAUAUUGUUUCCUUAGAGAAAGCCCAACUUCAACCUGCUCAGACCAAAUGGGAACAUGCAACAUGUGAAAUCAUCAACAAAUGUGAUUCACAGACUAAUAUGUUGGUCCAACAGCACGAGACGAAACUGCAUGAAAUAUCCAAUUCAUUAAAAGAGACCAAUAAAUUCACAACCACUUCCAAGGCUGCUAUUGAUAACGAAUUAACAAAGAUCAAUCAAUUAACUUCAGGAUUUCAAAACAAUAGUAAAGUUAACUUAAAUUUGACUGAAAUUAAAAGCAAAUUUGAAGAACUUGAGACCCAGAAAAUCAAUUUUAUUAAUAGUUUGAACUUGACUAAAGAUGAUACAUUGAAGAUUCGCGAUCACUUGAUUGAAAAAAUCGUGAACAAUGAUGAGAUAUCAAACCUUGAGGUGAAAGAUGUUGAUAAAGUUUUGAAUGAAUUAGAUACAGAACAGAAAGAGAUCAAAAAAGCAUUGUUACCAACAGGAAAAACUCCAUUAAGACAAACGUUAAAGAUACCGAAGAAAUUAGAUGAAAGAGCAAGUGAAGUAUUAAAUAGAUCACCUCCAAAAUUUCAACUGAUAGGACAAAGAUUUAGUGGUGGAAGUAAGGAUUUAGUUGCUGUUGAUAAUAAGGAGAAUACUGUUUCUAAUAAAAGAAAGUUUAACUCCAAUGGCGCUAGUGAGCUGGACUCCAAAAAGAUACCCAAGCUAAGUGGAGGAGGCAGAAUACCAUUGAGGAGACAUAAAAGCUGA